AUGAGCUCGCGCAGUAGCGAGUUUCGCUCGCUCGCGCCGUUUUCCCACCGUCGCGACGCCAGCUUGACGCUGCAGCAUGCCCAAGGGCCUUUUUCUUUCCUCAAUCCCACGCGAGGGCACUUCGCACACGCGCCAGUCGCAUCACCACCCCAAGACGAGGGUGCCGACGCAGCCGAGGCCCCUGUCGCGAAAGACCAGACGGCCUCGACGUCGCCCAUCAAGCACCAGCCCAGCAUCGACGGGGUUCACUUCCUAUGGCGGUCGCGCGACAAUCGCAAGGGUCGACAUCCGCUGCGUGUGCAGCAGGGUAGCGCCGCGGCGCCUCGACGGUCGUCGCACCCCAACGAGGUACUGAGGGGCGUUCUCCGAACCUUGACGCAUUUUCCGGUGUGGGAUAUUUCCUGGCUGGUUGCGUUCAUCUUUACCUGGGGCAGUGUAGUCUGGGUGAUUAAUGGAUUCUUUGCGUGGCUGCCGCUCGUGCGGCCCUCUACCGAGUUCAACGGCGAGGCGGACUAUGGCGGCGGCAUCACCGCCUUCAUCGGCGCCAUUCUAUUCUUUGAACUCGGCUCACUGCUGCUCAUCCUCGAGGCCAUCAACACCAAUGACACGGGCUGCUUCGGCUGGGCCGUCGAGACGCUCGUCGACCAAGACGCCAAGCACCAGCACAACAACCCGUCGCCAUCAGCAGCCGUACAGUACGUUGUAGACGAGCGCGGCUGCAACCACCAUCACCAAAACAAGCACAAUCUCGUUGGAAGCCCACAGCAGCAGCAGAAGAAUCAUGAGACGACGACUCAAAGGCGCUGGAUGUGGCGCCCGUCGUGGCAUGAGCUGACGCACCACUACAUCUACGAGCUGGGCUUCCUCGCCGGCGCCGCGCAGCUCUUUGGCGCUACCGUCUUUGGCGUAGCCGGCAUCACCGCGCUGCCGGGCAUCAUGGGCCACCUCACGCCGCAGUGGCGCCUCAAUGCCGCCUACUGGAUCCCGCAGGUCGUUGGCGGGAGCGGCUUCGUCGUCAGCGGCCUGCUGUACAUGCUCGAGACGCAGGAGCGCUGGUGGAAGCCCGCGCCGCGGCUGCUGGGCUGGCACAUCGCUCUUUGGAACCUGGUGGGCGCGUUUGGCUUCACGCUGUGCGGCGCGCUGGGCAUGGCGUAUGGCAACUCGGGCGCGCAGUACCAGGCCUCCCUGGCGACAUUCUGGGGUUCUUGGGCUUUUUUGAUCGGUAGCUACCUGCAGCUCUAUGAGAGCCUGAGCAAGCACCCCGUCGAAGAAGUCAAGACAAAAAAGGCGGACAAGGAAGCGUUGUCCUGA